AUGCACGAUAUCGACGGUGAUCUUUUAUUAACGUCGGUCGACGAUGCAAUACUGAAAGAAGAUAUAGGUGUGGCAACUCUUUUACAUCGACGAUUAAUUUUAAAAGGCAUUGAUGAAUUAAAAAAUAAAUGUUCUUCGGAUUUGCCAGUAGCAACAUCAGCACCAAAAGACAAGAAAAAACAUUAUGAUAAACAAUUCGAAGGUGAUUUUACUCCGUUAUUGCCUCUAAAUGAAGUAAUCUUGCGUAAAACAUAUCAGAAUGUGUCUAGCUGUGAGCUAUCAGACAAACGGCAUCGUGCUAUUGUGUCACGUAUUUACAACUGGCUUGGAAGCUUACCCUCAAAAUAUAAAAUUGAUAAAAUUGAAUAUGUAUUUAAUUCCAACCGUUAUCGAAUAUUUCUCGGACAAAUAGAGAUCGUAGAGAAUCGUCAACAACAGCAAGCAUUUCAGUCAAACCUCAACAGUGAAAAUUCUCAAGUACAACGUAAACUGGCGUUGAAACGUCUUGAGAUGAUAUGUCAACAAGUUGCACAUAACCGUAAUCUCCCCAUUGCACGUAUGUGGCACGGAUGCCGUAGAAAUGAUUUAAAACAUAUUCUAUCAGAUGGAUUUGCUGCGCUCAGCACAUUAGAUGAUGGGUAUUUUGGUAAGGGGAUUUACUUCUCAUCAUCAGCUAAAUACGUAACGCGAUACUGUGGUGAAAGUGGUGGCUGCUUGAUUAUGUGCUACGUGCUCAUAUCAAAUCCGUUCCCAGUUGUUGCAUCUGAUGCACCACCUUCUGAACCGCCUGAACGUUUCCGCUUGUAUGGAAGAGGCAAUUAUAAGAAUUAUCAGUGCCAUUACAUACCUAUUUCGCCUGCUGACAAUGGAGACCCAUGGGAUUUUCGACCACCAUCUUCGGGUAUUACAGAUGAUGCUUUAUACGAUGAACUUGUCGUUUUUCAAGAAGCCUACAUUCUUCCACAAAUCAUAAUACAUUUCAAAUAA